AAAGGCAAAGGGAUAAGGGUAAGGCCACGAAGGUUCAUCGCACAGCAAUCUCUGGGGACCCAGCGUCUUCUCCACCGCUGCAGUCGUGCGGACUCCGAAUGGCGACGCCGGGGCCGGGCGGUCUCAACAUCUCCUCCCGGAGGAGCCUCACCGCCCUGCAGCAGCAAAACCCUACGAAUCCCAAGAAACCAUGCGCUUCCGGCUCACUGCCGAGACCUUUUUUCCAUCCGCGACGACGCAGCAACAAACGCGCGGUGAUCUCGGUAGCAUCAUCGUCCACGGGCCAAGCAGGCGAGCAGCAGCCUGCUGCCCCUGCCGUCGUCGCGGCGCCCGAAGACGCGUUGGUCGGCGUCGAGUUCCGGACGCGGGACGGCUGCCGGCUCGGCAUCUCCAGGUACCCAGACUUCGCGUACAACGCGCAAGGCGGCCGCGGCGUGGGCGCCGGGCGUGCCGCGGAAGGCACGAGCACGACGAUGCUCGUCGAUUUCGACGUGGCGAGCCUGUACAUCCCGGCCAUGUCCGGCGCCACCACCAGGUUCCUCGGGCUGCCGCUGCCGCCGUUCCUCAAGAUCGACAUCUUGCCCGAGGCCCUGCGCGGGAGCAUCGACCGGACGACUGGUCAGGUGGACCUGAAGUUCAGGUCGAGGUUCUGUUUCUCGGUUGGAAGCAUAUACCAAGCGCCGCCGUUGUUCGUGGACACAACACUGACUUCCGAGGAGUCCACUGGAGCCAUGAGACGCGGGACGGGAGAAAGAUUGGACGGCGAAGGGAGAUGCAAGCUGGUCGGGGUGGCCGUCCUCGACCCGAUUGAUGACGUGUUCAUGAACACCUUCCUCAACCUGCCCACCGAGUGCAUUGCUUACUUGAACGCCACCAUCUCCAUUGCCAGCGCAUAGCUGAGCGAGCGGGACUGUUUGGUCUAAAUUUCAGAGGAUGCAUGGUGAACCCCACGAAUAGUUGAAUACACAUGUUUCGGCACGGAAACUAUACUCAUCUCCUCUAAAUUUAUUUUUAUUUUUUGUGAAUAUUUUCGACAUUAUGGAUGUUCAUAUUGGUAUACUAUAUAUCUCAAUUUGCAAAAUUGGAUGCAAA